CAACUCCAGCGUAGCCUGUCAGCUGGAGCUCCAACCCGCCCGACCACAAGGCUGCUAUUGCUGCACGAGAGAGCUCUCUAUCGCCCACGGCACCGCAACAUCAUCAGAUUGCGAUCCCGUUUGUGCCCGUUUUUCGGCGGCAUAUCCAGUCACACGACAAAUUCAUUCUCUUAUUUGCGCCGCAACCCCGCCCGCCUCGAACCUGAGAGCUCCAUUGCUCUCUUGUCGGCCGUCCCGCUUCCGAGAAUCAUCAUCGACCGACGACUGCCCCCAAAGACGCACCGUCACCCACAGUCAAGAUGUCGUCACCCUUCUCAAUAAACGGCGGCGCCUGCGUGGCCAUGGUGGGCAAGGACUGCGUGGCGAUCGCGUGCGACCUGCGGCUGGGGCUGCAGGCGCUGACGGUGUCCAACAACUUCCCCAAGGUGUUCCAGUACGGCGACAACGUGUUCCUGGGGCUGACGGGCCUGGCGACCGACGUGUCGACCGUGUCGGACCUGUUCCGCUACAAGGUCAACAUGUACCGCCUGCGCGAGGAGCGCCACAUCGCCCCGCGCACCUUCGCCAACCUCGUCAGCAGCUCCCUCUACGAGCGCCGCUUCGGCCCCUACUUCGUCAGCCCCGUCGUCGCCGGCCUCGACCCCACCACGGGCGCCCCCUUCAUCUGCGGCUUCGACAGCAUCGGGUGCAUCGACUUUGCGAAGGACUUUAUCGUCUCGGGGACCGCGACGGAGCAGCUGUUUGGCAUGUGCGAGAGCUUGUGGGAGCCGGAUCUGGGCCCGGAUGCACUCUUCGAGACGAUCUCGCAAUCCCUUCUCAACGCCGUCGACCGCGAUGCUCUGUCCGGCUGGGGUGCUCAUGUCUACAUCAUCGAGAAGGACAAGGUUACCAAGAGGCUGCUGAAGGGGCGGCAGGAUUAGAGGGACAUAGAGGCGACAUGAGACAUGACAGGGCAACGGAGAAUAGUGUCCUGGCAAUGAUUAAGCUGGGCAUACGGGCGUUGUAACAAUACAACAGUUCGAGGCUCCGUUCGGUACGCAAUGGAGACCGCAGAAUAACCACCACGUUGACAUG